GAGAGAGAGAGACAAACUGGAUUAAACGCUGCCAGCAGCAGCAGCCGCAGCAUAAGCAGCAGGAGGAGGGCGACCAACAAACAACCUGCAACUCCUGCUGCUAGCAAAAAAGAAAACCCCACGUGAACGUGCCCUUACAUGCAUUUAUAUAAAUAAAAAGCCACGCGACCACCGUUGACGUCGUUGCAGAAACAAGCGGAGACCACAGCUGCUGUCCGUCAUGGCGGGCGAUAUGAUGUUACUGAUGCGAGGCCUGGCUAAGUUGAGCCAGGCGGUUGUGGAGAACCAGAGCAGCACCCUGCGCAGUGGGACAGGGCUCCCAGGUGUUGGUGCUGCAGUUCAAGGUGUCCAAGCAGCUGCUGAGCAAGGUCUUUCUGCCGCUAUGAUGAAAGUGCAGGAGCUGACAGGCCAGCAGCAGACCUCUUCAUCUGAAUUCGACUUCCCUCAGGAUGACAGCACGUUCACUGCUUCAGAGUUCAGGGAAGAAGGUGCAGACUUAUCAGCAGAUCACACAGGAGAUGGUGACAAUGCCGCCGCUCAUCACAGCGCAGCAGCAGGAGUUAACCACGCCGCUGGAAAACAGUCAUUGUUUGAGGGAUACAAAGAUCCCAGUAAACAGUUUAGUGGACACACCCGAUCUUACCACCAUGAUGCCAGACAUUUCUACAAUCACAAUCUGAACAGGCAUCUGUGGGGACAGACUUACUGUCAGCAUCAGGUCAGCCAGCUCAGGAGCUACCAUCAGGACCCGUCCACAGUCGGAGGGCUGACGGCCGAAGACAUCGAGAAGGCGAGGCAGGAGAAGAAGGCUGAGAUCAAGUCACACAAACAGAUGCUGAGUGAGAGAGCCAGAGAGAGGAAAGUGCCGGUGACUCGGCUGAGCAGAUUGGCCAACUUUGGAGGUCUAGCUGUCGGUUUGGGGAUUGGCGCGCUGGCGGAAGUUGCCAAGAAGACCAUCAGACACAACAAUGGUGAAACGAAGAAAGGCGUCCUGGACUCCAGCCCCUUCCUGUCCGAGGCUAAUGCUGAACGCAUCGUCAGAACCCUGUGUAAAGUCAGAGGAGCUGCACUGAAACUGGGACAGAUGCUCAGCAUUCAAGAUGAUGCAUUCAUCAACCCUCAACUCGCGAAGAUCUUUGAGCGCGUGAGACAGAGUGCCGACUUCAUGCCAAUCAAACAAAUGACAAAAGCGUUGAACAGUGACUUGGGUCCUAACUGGAGAGACAAGCUGGAAUCGUUCGAGGAGCGUCCGUUUGCAGCAGCGUCCAUCGGACAAGUUCACCUGGCGAGGAUGAAGGACGGCAGGGAGGUGGCCAUGAAAAUACAGUACCCCGGUGUGGCUCAGAGUAUCAACAGUGAUGUCAACAACUUGAUGACGGUGCUGAAUAUGAGCAAUGCCCUGCCUGAAGGUUUGUUUCCAGAGCACCUGAUAGAUGUAAUGAGGAGAGAGCUUGCACUAGAGUGCGAUUAUAUUCGAGAAGCCCAGUGUGCAAAGAAAUUCAGAGAGCUACUGAAGGACGAUCCGUUCUUCUACGUACCAGAGGUAAUCCAGGAGCUGUCCGGAAGCCACGUCCUGACCACCGAGCUCGUCUCUGGGUUUCCUCUCGACCAGGCUGAGAACCUCACUCAGGAACUGAAAAAUGAGAUCUGUGAGAACAUCUUGAUUUUGUGCCUCAGAGAGCUGUUUGAGUUCAGGUACAUGCAGACCGACCCAAACUGGUCCAACUUCUUCUAUGAUCCACAAACACACAGGGUGGCACUGUUGGACUUUGGAGCCACGAGAGGAUUUGAUCAGAGUUUCACAGACGUCUACAUCGAGAUCAUUCGCUCAGCUGCUGUGGGCGACAGAGAGGGAGUUCUGAAGAAGUCCAUCGAGAUGAAGUUCCUGACUGGAUAUGAGUCCAAGGCAAUGAUAAAUGCUCAUGUGGACGCUGUGAUGAUCCUCGGUGAGGCCUUCGCCUCCACAGACACCUUCGAAUUUGGCUCCCAGUCCACCACCGAGAGAAUCCACAACCUCAUCCCUGUGAUGCUCAGACACCGGCUCACCCCGCCUCCCGAGGAGACGUACUCACUCCACCGUAAGAUGGGCGGCUCGUUCCUUAUCUGCUCCCGGCUGGACGCCAGGCUGCAGUGUAAGGACAUGUUCCAAACAGCGUAUCAGAAGUAUUGGGAAGGCCGCACACCGCCCUCUUCCUCAGUCUAAGCUAAGUGUGAGGCGAUUGGAUGGACGGAUCCUGGGGCCAAGUGCAAGUCAACGGCGAGGUCAUGGUGUGAAGACGCACAACUGCAGAGCGGAGGCCAUGUUACCCGCCCGUAACUGGUCUUUGAGCACCAGCUUAUUUUUUCCAAUUUUGGGCACCCCACUACAUGAGUUUUUUGAAAGGCGCUCAUUUACAGACAGCAUUUAUUUGUUUGAGAUGCAGCAGCAACACGUGAAGCGCUUUAAGUCCAAACUCUAUAUAUGGCCCCGAGAGGACAGACUGAAAAGACUGUGGAGGACGAAGGGAGAGAGACAAACAGCCUUGCUUAUAAGAAUUCAAAAUGAAUGUAAAAAGGUUUGAAUUUUAUCGCUUUAAGAUGAUUCUUGCAUUUUCUUUUGUUUUGCAUUGCUGUGCUUUGUUGGAAAAUCAUUUUGCCAUCUGCAAGAAAUGUCACAGAAACGUUGAUUGUUAAAAAGAGGACUGUGAUCUUUAUGUAAACCCACAGUCACGUAAUAAUGAGGUUAAUACAGUGAAUGGGCAGAAUGAGUCACAGUAUUGGCCAGGACCAACACGUCUGAGAAGGUUGAUUAGAUUGUCUGGAUAUGAAUGAUAAGGCUUGGUCUAAAUGUAGACGGCAAAAUACAUCUAGCAGAUUUGAUAAGAAAACUGUUUGUCAGGAUGUUGCCAAGUGAUCAAGUUCAGGUUGAUUUACCCAUUUAUAGAAAAUGUGACAAACUGGAAUUUGUCAGCAUUCACACGUAAGAAGGGCUGACUUUUAACUUGUGCAUUUUCUGUAUCAGUGUAGCCAUCCAGACUUAAGUUGCUGUUUAUAGCUUUUAACUUUUUAGGGAGACAUUCUGUGGGAAAUGUCCAUGUUAAUAAAUGUCCGGUGUGUAGGAUUUAGGGGGAUAUAUUGGCAGAAAUGGAAUAUGAUAUAAUAAGCAUGCUUCCUUUAGUGUAUAAUCACCUGAAAAUAAGAAUAGUUGUGGUUUCGUUACCUUAAGGCUCAUCUAUGCUCAACUUUAGACACUGAUGGAGCCUUCUGUCUGUACUCUGCAUACGUAUUUUUUCUGUAUUUUUGUAUGUUUUCUGAAAGCUUAUAAACACAGAUGAAACAGAGUAACACCAUAAAUGAGGAGAAGUGUAGCGAGUGAGGUACGACCGUAGGAGACAACGAAGAUAUUGUAAUGCAUUAUUGUUAUAAUGUCUCGUUCAUAAGUUUUCAGAGCAAAAAAGUGAGCAUACCUUAGAAAGUGCUGCCUGCCUUUGACAUGCCAAACAGUGUUGGAGAAACACUGAUUGCAAUGUAAUCUGCUUUAUUCAGUGUUUUUACCGCUUUAAAUCGCCUGGUCUGUUUAGUUCGGAGAGGAGGAGAUCUUUGGGGAUGAUGUGGCUCCUGGUAAAAACCGGCUCAACGUUGAACACUGAAGGAAUUCUAACUGGGAGAAGUUUCAGCUGGUUGGAAUCUGCAAUCCUCACCACUAGAUGCCACUAAAACCCCUAAAUCUUACACACUGCUCAUUUAAAGCAUGGUUUGUGUCUGGGGAUGAAAGUCUACAAACUUCCUUUAUGGCCCAUCUGAUGAUCUGUCUUCAAACUGUGUCCAUAUGCAGCAGAUUAAGCUCAUGAAUUCCAGUUGGUUACUAGCAAAAAUGUAAGAAUUAUGACUCAUGUUUUUGAUUCCCUCAGAUAUAAUUCAGUUUGAUUUUAGCACCAAAGCAUGAUUUAAUGGUUUGUAAAAACAUAUAGAAAUGAAACCAUAUGGAUUUAUUGUGCUCACUGUAAGAGGUCUGACAGAAAGACUGAGCGCAGCCCGCGUGAAUGUUAAUGAACUGACAGGAUGGAGGAAGCUCAUCGUGAUAUCGCACAAGCUCAGCUCGUGGGCUCACCUUGCUUUGCACAAGUCUGUAAUCUCUCCAUGCCUCCUCGGGUGUGAAAUCCUCCGUCACCUGGCUGGUUUGUGACUGUGAAACAUCUCUGUACUCUGCUGUGUGAAUACAGUUAUAAUGGUCUCUGGUGUGAAACUGAAAAAAUGAAAAAAGAAAAAAAAAAAAAAGGGGCCUGUAGUUUCCGUGGGAGGCUUUUAGCUAGAAAUCUUGACUUUAUAUUUCAUAUCAAGACUUGUUCAAAAGAUGGGCGAUAAUUUGUAAUCUAACGAAAAGUUGUGAUAAAGAUGUACGAAAAGAGUAAAUGUUUGAUCUAUACUUGUCA